CAGGAGGGCGGCUGGGAAGUGGACGAUGUGGAAGCCUUGUGUGGUUGUGUGGCUGUUUGUUCUGAGUGUUGCCCUGUUCCCCCGGAGUCGCUGCUCUGGACUUCUGGCGGCGGAUGCCCGGAGUCUGGAUCGGGCUGCGGUUAUAGGUAACAUUAAAAUCCCUCUUUUGGUGCCCGUUUCUGUUCUUUUGGAGCCUAAUGAAAGUAAACGAGUUGUCAUUACAAACAUUAGUCACCAAGCUUCCUCUGUGGUUACCCAAGUAUACUCGCACAUGCAAAACGUGACAGUCUCGCUCUCUAGGUUCUUUUCUGUAGACUCGUCUUAUACCAGCUCAAGUGCUGGUGUGGUUCUAAUAUUGCAGCCGGCUGCUGAAAAGGCAAAAUUCUACAUCAAAGCUGGGGCGGAGGAGGUGUCGGUAACUCUGUUUGCUCUGCCCUACACUUCCCAAGAUCCAGUACCCGGUGCCUGCAACCUAGAGUUUGUCUUGGAAAAUGACCCAAACUUGCACUUGAUGUUCAAUGUGUAUGAAACUACUGUAUCGUUUGCGCCAGCUAACCUGGGCACAAGUAGAGGGUUGCUGCCCCCUGUUUGUGAUGUUGGGACAGAUGCUCACACUAGGUGGAGGUUGACCUACGAUCUUUACCAAUAUUUUCUACCUGAGAAUGACCUGACCGUGGCAAGUCUAUUAACUGGAAUGAGGAAAAUGUCAUCUGUACAAAGCAUAGAAAAUAAUGGAAUGAAGAUCACUACAAUAAGCUCAUCUCAGCAGACCAGACUCUAUGGAAAUUCAUAUGUUGGCAUUGGAGUGAUAUACAAUGUUAUUGUUAGAGACCCUCUUUUAAAGACCUCUGCGGCUUAUGUCCCUGUGUCCACGUACACCUGUAACUUGUCCGCCAAAGGAUCCAAAUGUAAGGAUUCAGAUGAAACAUUCAUCUACAUACAGGUACUGUGCACAGUACUUGGAAUCUAUGGUUUGUUGCUCUGCUUAGUUGGGCAUAGAAUCUUUGAAGCAGAAUUUCUCUUCUUUGGAUUCUUGAUCUUUGCAUUCAUAAGCUUUGUUGUGGUAACACGAUUCUCUUCACUUGACUUCAUCAGACGGUUUGCCAUUUUGGUAGGCACAGGGCUGUUUGGCGGUUUGACAAUGACUCUCAUGAGGUGGAGGUUUGGUCGUCCUGUCAUCUGUGUGGCAUGUGCGGGAUUGGUGCUGGGAUUUUUGGUGGCAGCAAUAAUUUUCUUCACUCCACUUGCAAAUUUCAGUUUAUUCCAUAAUGACCUCAACUUCUGGAUGGUAUAUGCCUUUAUAACACUGGUCAUCCCCACAGUUCUGCUUCCAUUUGUGAAAACGCUAAACAUCAUCACUUGUGCAUUGGUUGGCUCGUAUGCUGUGAUUGUUGCAGUUGGUGUUUACAUCUAUAGCAGUCUAACUUACAUAAUUCUAAAUGUCAUCAAGAGAGCAAUACAUCCAGAUUUUGCAAAGGUCGAGAGCUAUGCUCCUUUUCAGAGUACAGAUUACAUUUUGACAUCUGUAUGGGUGUUCUUGUUCAUUAAUGGCACAAUACUGCAGUUUAUUUUGGCAAGAAAUAGAUUAGCUUUCCCACCUUGUCCGUACCAAAAAUGGAAGAGGAGAAAUGCAGUAAUCGGAGAACGAACGCCUCUGUUGCAUCCUCCUGAAAUAUGACCACGUGAAGCUUUGGUGUGUAUGUUUUUUGCUUCAUUUCUACAUUGUUAAUCACACGGUGCGGAAUUCUGUACAAACUACUCUUCAAAAUGGAGAAGAAUGUUGUGUUUAAUCCUUCAGGAUAGUUUAUGGAAUCUCUUUUGGAGGACUUUGUGAAAAUAAGCAAAUUUUAAAAUUCCCAUUUGGAUUGAAUAUUCCUGUUAUCCAUAUUUGCGAAUAUUGUUAGUGGUGAAAGUAAAUGACUUGCAUUCAUGAAACAAUUAUUGUAUAUCUUUUUAAUGAGACUGAUAGCCUGUCUAGUCAGGCUGUAUAAAAUAGGUAGCUUGGUAUCUUGCAUGAUAUAUAGUGGAUCUAAAUUGAAUGUGACAUGUUAUAAGUGGGGGAGAAAUUUUUAGCUUCUCAUCUGUUCUCCCUGCUGUAAAUGGAAAUAAUAUUUAUGAUCUUUCCCACAAUACUGAGACUAAGUUUGCUGAGUUUAGUUUUAAGAGGUUCUUCCUCACUUCCUCCUUGUAUGUGGAGGAUUAGAAAGGUUGGCGAAUAACUGAAAAGCAGUGUAUCUGAACAAUGUUUAUAAGUCUAGCAUUUCACUUAAAAUUAGCACUUUAAAUAUAUUAAAUACUUUCAUGUCAUGACUUUUUAAACAAAAUUGUAACUUUAGAAUAAUUGUGUUGAAUGUUGUUCAACUUCUUGUGUAGUUUGCACCUAAAAUGUACAGCUGCUCACUACUUAGGAUCUUUUACACAUUAUCACAAUUAUUAUUUCACACUAUAGUUUCAGUAGAAAGUUUCUGAUUCAGUUUUGUGUAAUUCAAUGACAUUUCAGUUUGGUGAGCAGUUCAUUGUUCAGCCUCAAAGUUAAUGGAUCUGGUUUGGAAGCAUAGUGCAGGUGUACUUGGUCAUCGUCCAAGGACACAGAGCCAAUUAUUUCUCUUGUGCUUUCCAUUGUGUUUGAGGGAUCUAGAGAUUACCCAGUCUAAUUUUGCACAUGGCUCUUAAAACAGGAAAGUGCUAAUCCCUGUUUUUUGCCGCCCCCCCCCCCCCCCCCCCCCAUUAUUGUGGACUGGAAUUUUGACCCAGAACUCAGCCCUAGCCCUAGUGUGAAUCCCAAUGUUGUAAACUGAUUUCCCAGCAUACUUUUUUUUAAUAUCUUGAUGCAUCAAGUUUUUUUUGUGUUUUUUAGUGUUUUGCCAAAUUAUUAGAGUUCAGUUUUUUUUUGUGUGGCUUAGAAUGUGAAAUACUAUUUCUAGUUUGUGGGGGGAAUCGACAAACUAACAAAGCAAGAAAUCAGAAUUCAGGUCCUGAUCUUCAUCAGAUGACACAUUCGGUUUGUCUCAUAUCCUCCCCUUUUUGAUUUCACACCCCCAACCCUGCUAUCCCAAGGAUCACAUGGGAUUUGUUGUUAACAUAAUGCAAAGUACCUGAAGUCCAAGACUGGCACCUGUCAUCUCUCUGGGACUUUGUUAAUUUGCAGUUUCAUUUAUUUUGUCUGCAUGGACCACUCAAUACUAUAAUAAGCAUGAAUGAGUGAUUUUUUUUUUCCCCUCUUCUCUCAAGAAGAUUACGAAAUGUGCAAAUGAAUUCCUUUACCUGUAAAGAUAAUUAUUUUCAGAACUCUUGUUACUGGAUGACAUCAUAAAAGACGAAGUCGCAAGUUCUGCUUGGAGGAACGUAAAAUAGGGAUAAGACAUUCAGCCCUUUAAACUUGAUUUGCCAGUUGCACAGAUGAUUCACGUCACAGUACUAUGGUUAUAUACCUUAAUGUUUAUCAAUACCUUCACCCAAUGCUACAUUUUUGCCGAAAUUUUAAUUGCUUCUGUAAGACAUUGCAUUCAUUUUCGAACAGGAAAACAGUUCUUGUGAAUCAAGGUCCAAACUUGCUCCUUGUAAUAUGAUCCUCAGUGAUCUAUGGAAAAAUGCACUAUUUUAUUCAUAUCUGAUUAACUUUGUAAAUCACGACAAAUACUGUAGAAAUGAUGUAAACUCUUAGUCUAUUUCUCACUUUAUUUGAUUCUUCGCAACAAUAGCAGCACCGUAGUUUAGCCAGGAAGUUACUGGAUAAUGACAACAUCACUGCUAAGGGUAAUGACAAGUUGUUUUAUAAGGAAAUCAAAAUUGAGAUAACAUGUGGAAGAAUCAUUGAAUCAACUUGCACUAACAUUGGCAUUGCAGUCUCUCCCAUGUGCCUAUUUUUUUUUAAAUAAUCUGUUGUAAAAUAAUGGAGGUUAUUUGCGAGUGUUUUGUUUUUUGCAGUGGAAGAAUAUUUCUGUACCAAUGUUACUGAGCUUUGACUAUUUGAAACAUUAUCAUUGACAAAAUUAAUGUGCAAUAUAUCAAGAAAUACUAAUCCAAUGGAUUCAGUUCAAUAGAUUAAAAUUGAAAUUUACAUGGUUUGUCUCAAAUCCAUGUGGAGUUGCAGCCUCACCAUGCGAGAUGUCCCAUGGUCAUUGUUCCAUGAUAGCAUUCUCUGUGAACUGGGUAAUGUACACAUGCCCAUCCGUUUUCUCAGAGUUUGCACUUUAGGAUUUAGAGCCUAAUUCCAUUGUAAUUCUCUAAAUGGUCAUGGUUUGGAGGGGGUUGGGUGGGGGGAGGGGUGUGUGAAAGAACUGGAAAUGUUAGAACUUUGGAAGUAUGUGGAUCAGUUAAGCAUAUGAGAUGAGAAAACAUUGCUGAGGUGAUACAUAUAAAUGAGGGUUCUUUUCACUUGUCUGUAAUUUGCACCAUUUUCUGAUUAACACAUUUCUGAAAAAUUGUUUCCUAUUAGCUAUAUCCAUAUUAUGGUGCAAUGUUUAGCAGUUGAUAACACGCAUAAAUUGAAGCGUUAACAUCUAUGUAAAAGGGGCUCAAGCUGAGUUUUAUUUAGUGUAUAUGGUAUAGCACAGUUUGGAUCUUUAACACUGUAACAGUUUUUGAACAUUAAACUGAUUUUUUUUCUAAUGAACGUAUUCUUAAACUUUUGCACUGUCCAGAAAGCUCAGUGUAGAACUUCAUUUGGUAGCCAAACAGGUGUACAUGUUUAUGUCUGUUUGUAUGCUAUUAAUUUUGCCAAAUGACCAAUAGACUUUAUGUAAAGAGAAACUUGUGAUCGUAAAACACCAGAAGGAUUUUGCUAAUCUUUAAAUUGUAUAUACUGUAGUUUAUUUUCAAAUUAAAGCUUCAAUCAUUGCUGAUUUCC